AUGAUUCUGGGUCAAAUUUCUGCUUCGGUAUUCAUCGACGACAAGGCACUACCGGAAUAUGAAAUAGUCGAGUCCAGAACGGAGGAAGAGAAUAUAAUGACUUGUUGGAUUCCCUCGGAAGCAGGCAAGAAAUUUGAAAUGAGGGGGGAAGUCUUAGAACCACAGUACCCAGGUAUCAAGGCAUCUGCGUUUGUGGAUGGUUAUGAAUGUCCUCCAUGGGUCGUGCUCCCGCCCUGGACGGAUGACGACUCAGUGCUCGACAAUUAUUCCGGCGACAUCGGUCAAAUCGUGAUGAAGUUGGAAAGAGGGACGUACACCAAGGUCAGGAAGGCAAAGCCAGCUGGGUCAAGUGGGCACGAUCUUCAUGUGCAUGAAGACAAAGUGCAUGAACGCUUGAAGAAGGGUCGCUCCCAUCGGGUUGGUUUCGGGAAAGAAGCACCAGAUCAAGAGGAACAGACAACGUACAAAAGUGAUUUGGACGACUAUCCCUGGACUGUCUUCAUAUUCAACUUUACUUCUUUGGACAACCUGCGGGCAAUGGAUAUAGUACCACGGAUGUCGAAUCCGCCAAUCCCGGUCGAUGGGCCUAGCGACGAUCUGUCGCAGCAGGGUUUCACGACAAAUACCCUCGUUGGUCUGGCAGCGGAAUCCUAUCGUGGAAAGUUGGAAUUUUGUCGGAUCCGCACACUGCGUCGAUUUCUGCUCUGGCGCGAGCCUCAUCAGGGAACUGGUGGACAGAUAUCGAAUAGAAUGAUAUAG